CCUGUGAGCGUGUGGGCUCAUGCACGAUGCCUGAUAGCAAAGUUUCGACUGGUAACUACAAGGGCUGGCUCUACAAAUGGACAAACUACAUCAAAGGUUAUCAGAAACGCUGGUUCGUUCUCUCAAACGGUCUCUUGUCCUACUACAGAACGCAGGCAGAAAUGGCUCACACGUGUCGCGGAACCAUCAAUCUUGUUGGAGCGAUAGUAGAGACUCUGGAUGCUUGCAGCUUCGUUAUUAGCAACGGCGGCACGCAGACGUUCUAUCUACGGACUGCCAGUGAGGUGGAAAGGCAGAAAUGGGUAACUGCCCUGGAACUGGCGAAAGCGGAGACUAUCAAAAUGACGGAGUCUGAUGAAGAAGAGGAGGCCGCUCCUCCACUAGAAGAAUCACAGCAAACACUAGAGGCGUUGUCUACAAAGUUGGAGGAAUUGAAGACGUGCAAUGAUCUUGUGGUUAAACAUACCCAACUUGUGACCAGACAGCUUCAUGAAUCAGAGGCAUCUACAAGCUCAUCUUCAGCAUCCAAGCACGUACAAGAGAAAACGGCUUUGUUGAAGAUUUCUUCUAGUGCGAUGGUGAAUACUUGUGCCGACUUUGUGGCAUUAGCUCAAACGUAUGAACAACGGUGGCAGAGAGCUCUAAAGGUAGAGCGAGAACGGUGCUUACGGUUGGAGGAGACAGUGGAGUCUUUGGCUAGACAGCAUAACAGAUUAGAAGAAGUUUGCAAGAAAGGGUCGACAACAGAUGAGGAGCCGGUCGCUCGAAGUCCCGACUCUGAUGCCGAUUUGCUAGAGGCAGAAGAUGAUGACAAUGAUGACGACAGCUUUUUUGAUGCCGUAGAAGAUGCCAGUAUAUAUGAACCACAAUCAUACCAACUGAGUCUACUGCCUUCUCACCAAAGAUCAACUAGUGAUGUGUCGCUGGCUUCUCCUUUGCUUGGUACUGACGUACAACAAUGCGGUGGUGGACAUGGACCUCUGGAUGGUCUUGAGUUGGAAAAAGAAAAAAGUGCAGCAGUACCUGUGGUCGAAGAAGCUCCCACGUCACAAGGUCUUCCAAAUGCUUUGAUGCCACCCUUUGAGCUCACUGCAGUGGAUGUCACUCCACCGAAGAAGCGACGCUCUACCAUACCACCUAAACCGAAUGCUCGGCUCAAUCUAUGGAAUUUGAUGAAAAACUGUAUUGGCAGAGAGCUGUCAAAGAUUCCUCUUCCAGUUAAUAUCAAUGAGCCUUUGACAUUUUGUCAAGUCAUUAUAGAAGAUUUGCAGUACAGUGAUGUUCUAGACAAAGCAGCACAGUGUGAAAACUCUCUGGAACAGCUUGCGUAUGUGGCCGCAUUUAAUGCUUCUACUUAUGCAAAGACGUGCAGUCGAGUUGGAAAGCCGUUUAACCCAAUGCUCGGAGAAACAUAUGAAUUUGAUGAUACCGGAGUACGAGGGUGGAGAGCACUAGCAGAACAAGUUGGUCAUCAUCCUCCCCAUACAGCAAUGUUUGCCGAACACAGAGACUGGAGUUUCUGGCAGGAUUACGUGAUGGGCAGCAAGUUUCGUGGGCAAUACCUACAGAUCCUUCCACAAGGCGUUUCUCAUGUCUUCUUUCCUAAAAGUGGCAACCAUUAUGUGUGUAAACGAGCUGUUGUAUCAACCGUUCAUAACAUCAUCGUGGGCAAGCUUUAUGUUGAUCAUUCUGGAGAGGUGGAUGUUGUUAAUAAGACAACCAAAGAGCUGUGUCGGUUGAAGUACCAUGCGUAUAGCUAUUUUUCAAGAGAAGAACCUCGACGGGUUACCGGUGUUGUAUACGAUGCGAACGAGCAGCCAAGAAUCCAGCUUUAUGGCACGUGGGACAAGGUAGUCGAGUUCUCGUGGAUAACAGGAUCUUAUGGUGGCAAGAAUAGCACUAAACUGCCAAAGUCUGGCAUUGUGGUACCUGCAUGGACACGAACACCACCAAGACAUCAGAGUGAAACUGUGUACGGGUUUGACGAGUUCGCUUGCCAACUAAACGAGCCAGAAGAAGGCAUAGCUUCUACCGAUUCUCGGCUACGUCCGGAUCUUCGUCUCAUGGAGAAUCAAGAUUACGACUCGGCGAACGCAAAGAAACUUAACUUGGAGGAGAAACAGAGAGCAAGACGAAGGCAAAGAGAGGCCGCGCUGUUGGAAACCAGCGGAGGCAAAGAGAAGGUGCAAUCGGGAGGAGAUGCCGGGUGGAAACCGGUUUGGUUCAAGAACGAGAUGGAUCCCCUAACUAACAUGCUGACUCAUGUCUACAAAGGUGGAUACUGGGAAAGAAAAAAGCAAAAUGACUGGAGUAAUCUACCAGAACUGUGGUGAUCUAGUGUUAGUUGUGGUUUUCCUUAAUCUCGUAAUAUUUCUACGUACUCAGGCUUAUGGGAGAUUUAAUUUUGGAUAUGAUUAAUAUCAACCCGCAGAAAUGA